AUGGCGACUGCAGACGAUGACAUGCUGAAACGAUGCCCGCUGGCCUGGGCGUACAUUGCCGGCCUGCUGUCAGCUGCGGAGGAGCAGGACCAGUUUCGGAAAGCCUUACUCGACGUGUCCCAGCAGGCCUUGAGGCACUACAGGGAGAAGAAUAACUUCACCUUUGCCAACGUGCUGCUGUCGUCCUGGAGCCUCUUCGGACCCCUGGCUCACUCUGCCUUUGCCUUGGACGAGAAGACCGGGCUCUCCAAGAAGAAGAGCUGCGGUUUGCUUUGGUGUCCCGAGGGUGGCACGCCGAACUAUCUAAUCUGCAAAUGCGAAUGGGUUUUCACCUCGAAUUACAGGAACACGACCGUAUGCAUUUUCAUGGUGGAUACUCGGCGCAGGUCAUCCUUGAGGAACAUCACGUCUGUGCUGAACGCAAGGUACUGGACACUUUCUUUCGGGGUCAACAAAGCCUAUGCGCAAGACCACGGCUAUGACAUUGACUAUGUCAGACCCGACGAGGCUGCGCAUUACCCAAACAGGAAGGUAGGCUGGGCGAAGGUGAAGAUACUCAUAGAAGAGCUUCAAAAGCGUGGUCCGGAGCGGUGUGCCUACGGCGUUUCGAUCGACACGGACGCCUUCAUUCGCACCUCCGAGCCGCUCGCUGCUAUCAUCACCGACUACGGCUUGACUGAGAACAAGCUCAUCAUGUUCUCGCAGGAGUACCAUGUGGAAACUGCCGACAAGGGGACUGAUGACCUCAGCCAACAUGCCUUCAUCAACGGAGGCUUCUUCAUUGUUCGGAACACCCCGGAAGGACUCGGACUUUUGCAGGAGUGGUACGACGUGCCAGAAACUUACAAGGACAUGGCCCACCUAAAAACCGAUAACCCUCAAGGCCUCAACAUGUGCUGGGACCAGAAGAUGCAGCCAAAGUAUGCUGCGCCCGUGUUGAGACCAGCUUUCGUCAUGAUACUGUCAGCUCCCUUAGCCUUUGGCUUUGUCUCCACGAGCCCCGGCAUAGGCCUUUUGGGCGGUGAGGGCCGUGGCGAGCAGUCCUUCAGCUUGCGCAGCCGGACUUUGAGAAUCCAGCGGAGCGCAAGGCUCGUCGUGCAUCCGAAGGCCCACAUCGAGUUGCUGACCGGCGCCCUUCGCUUGGAUGGGGAGCUUUGGGAGAAGCCCCACCAGGGCAACUUCCAGCUGCGUCUGCUUGGCUCCGGGGAGGAGAGGGAUGCUGCAGUUCACUUCAGCUGGCGUCAAGCCGGAUUGCCAGACGUGGCCGAUGGCGAUGGGCCGAGCACAGCCUUUCCAAAGGCCUGGGAGGGGCCCUGCUUUUUCAUGGAGGAAGAUACCCAGGAAACAAUGAAAGGCUCACUUCUGUGUGCUCUCCUGGUGACGAGUACCGGGCGCUUGGAGCUGCAUGGUUGCCCCCGUGCUUCGUGGCAGUAUUUGAAGCAGACGGCCCUUCGAGGGGACACAGAGCUCGUGCUGUCCGAAGCCGUGAACUGGAGGCCAGGCGACUCGCUGGUGGUCGGCGCCAGCUCCGAAGACUUGGAGGACUCCGAGAUGGCCAGGAUUUUGGCAGUGAAGGAAGCUGGGAAAGUCGUGGUUCUCCAGGAAAAACUUCGAGCCAGGCACGAGGGAGCCUUCGGAGAAAGGCGUCUCAAUGCUGCCGUGGGGCUACUGACACGGAAUCUUCGGAUCUCCGGUGAUUCGGAGACGGUUCCCGAGCGCUGGGCCGGCUGUCGGAAGGCCUACGGCUCGGUCGCCUUGGAUGCAACGGCGCUGAGUCUGAGGGAUGUGCGUCGCGCCUGCUUCGGGGGCCACCUGCUUUUCGUUCAGAACUCCACGAUCCACAUCGAGCAUUCAGAGUUCUCCUUGCUGGGGCAGGCGCUGGAGAUGGCAAGGUAUCCGGUGCAUUGGCACCUCGCCGGCAAUGCAUACGGCCACUUCAUCCGCAACAGUUCUCUUCACCACAACUUCCAACGCUGCGUGACUGUACAUGGGAGUGAAGGUGUAGAGGUGCAAAACAACGUUUGCUUCCAGACCUUUGGUCACGCCGUCUAUCUUGAAGAUGGCAUCGAGACUGGCAACUCCUUCAAGAGGAACUUGAUAAUUUCUGUUCACCAAGGCGGCUCGGUUUGCAGUGACUGGGUCUUUGGGAAGGGGCCGCGCAGCAACUUGCAGUUGGGGCCGUCAGGCUUCUGGAUCACUAAUCCCAACAACAGCUUUUCCGAGAACCAUGUAGUCGGAGUUGGCACGGGCUACUGGUUUACCUUCCCGACGAAUGGAUGUGGCCUCGCAGCACUGCCGGCUGUGGAGCUCUGUCGCCGCCGAAAACCUGUGACACCCAUGGGGCUGAGCGCCCGGUACUUCAACGAUUCCAGGAGUGGCCACGGCUUUGGGAGUUGGUGGUUAAGACAAGAACCGUCCCGGACACGAGUGCCAGUUUUCCGUCGCAAUGCGGUGGGCACCGCAUCUCGGGGAGUGCAUGUGGAUGGUCGAGUGCUGAACUCUGCUGACGAACACGCCCCCUGUUGGGGCGAUGCCUGCUCCAGCUGCUCAGGUCCCUUGGAAGGAUCCAGCUCCUGGGUCCCCAUGCGCUUUGAUCCCAGCUUGCCCCUGGCGCAGCGGAGCUACCGAUUCCAGGCGAACCACUUCGAAGACUUCCUUGCUGCUCACAUCACCGGAGGCCCUGCAGAGUCAGAGUCUCGAGCAGUGUGGACCUCCGGUGGCUACAUCCACUUCACAGGCGCUGUCUUUUGGAACUGCCGCCAUGUUGCUGCCAGUAUGCCUGAGCUCACCACGGCAUGCUUCAAGGUUACCGAAGCAUCACCCCCGGGCUUCACACUGGUCUUUGAAAGCUCGCUCUUCAUCAGCGGUGACGUCUCAGAGACCUUCUUCCAGCUCUACGAUGCUGGCAUCCAUGUCAAGAACAGCCGCUGGCUCCUAGCUGCCAUCACCUCACCAAGCUUCCGCGUGGCCAAGCCCAAGUGUGCCUUCGGGGGCAACGGGAAUCCGAUCUAUUUGGAGGGCAGUCGGGAACUGCGACAGACGACACAGGGCAGGUUCGCGUGGGCCGUCCAGGCCAUUGAGGCCCUUGGCACUGGCAUCAUGAAGAUGUCAGCUUCACAGCUUGUCAGCUUUGAUUGUAUUGCCUGGGAGUCUCCCUACAUCGAGGGCUCUUAUGUCUAUUCUCCGGAUUCCUUUGGCUUGGAUAGAGCUACGCCGACUAUCCUUGCCCCUGACAGAGCGCAGCGGACGUCGCGACGUGUGCUCGGGCUUUCUGCCUGUGCAGCAUACUUGAGAUCCACGAAGCCACGCUUCUUCUGUGGAGAGUCCUUUGGUACCUACGGCCUCUGGUGCGGUUCAGGCAUACCGGUCGAAGAGUGUCCCGGCGCGGCGGAUGCUACAAACUGGUACCACUCCAUGCUUCCUUGGUCAAGAGGCGAGAGAAGUGAGGAUGUGGUCGGAUCGGACACUUCGACAGAGCCUGUGUCUGUGUGGGCUGGGGGGGCCGGGCCUGAUUAUCCGCCUGCUGGCGAUUGUCAUUUUCCGAAUCGGCCUCCGCACAGGACACCCUUCACGUGGGACCCCUCUUGCCUCGGAGGGGGUCUUGGCUGCAAUGCAGAUGGGAGCCACAUGGAAUGCCGCUGGUGCGGCUUUGACCCCUACCUGCCUUGCCCAGAAACUCAAGAGGCUGCGACUGGAGACUCUGAUCUUUUUGUGGGGCUAGUUUCUCUGCUCCUGAGCGCCUUCUUCCUAAGUCUCCUCGCUGCUCUUUGCUGGUACUGCACCUCCCGACGCCGUGCGCGCGCACGGCCCAGCUGUAUCUCUCAGAUUCCUCGCCAGGAGGCGCCAAGCCUCCUUGGGCGAACCACUCUGCCCGUCGAGAAGCCUCCCAUCCGGGGCGACGUGUACAGGCCCACCACAAGUGUGGAAACCAUGAAGCGGCAGAGACCGCACAGCGAAAUGCAGGCGCCUCCGGGAUCCAAAGGAAGCUCCUUUUGCAACUGGCGGUUCGAAGUGCUCCUGGCGCACACGGGUGAGCCGCAUCUGUUCACAGCACCGCUGGGUGUCGCCAUCCGGCACAACUGGUUCAAGGACCUACGCUUUGAGCAGGAGUUGCAGGACAUUCUCUUGCACCGGCUCCAGCGUAGAUACAACUGCAUCGUUUGCCAAAACGUGUACGACUGGGAUGACUCCAACAACACGGACCCCGGAUGGCUCUGA